CGGGCCCUUCGAAAUAGGGGCUCGCGCCGAAACGCCGAAAUGAAGCGCGUUGGCGUGGGCUGAAGGAUCGGCGAAUGAGGAGGAUGACGGCGGUGGCGUGGGAAAGAUCGACGUAUUAGUAAUACGCCGAUUUUUACUGCGCCGCCGGCUCAUCAAUCUUUAGAUCCAUGCAAUCAUGGAAGCUAGUCAGAAAACGCCUGUGCUGUGUCAAAGCAGCGGGACGGGGGGAAGAGUGGUGGGCGCACGACGCCCACUCCACCCCACUGGAUAGCUACCUGGUUGAUUCUGCCAGUAGUCAUAUGCUUGUCUCAAAGAUUAAGCCAUGCAUGUCUAAGUAUAAGCAACUUAUAUUGUGAAACUGCGAAUGGCUCAUUAAAUCAGUUA